UCACUAUCUUUCGUCAUCUUUCAGCGACGAGUAGUGUCGAACUAAGGAAGCCAUGUAGAGCCGCUUUUAAGAAACUUUGACAAAACGUUGCAGCUGCUUUAAGCGGCGAUGAGUAUGGACUUGACAUUCUUAGGGACGGGCUCGGCCUACCCGUCCCCUCAUCGCGGCGCCUCGGCCCUGGUUCUGCGGAAUGAUGGCGAUUGUUGGUUAUUCGAUUGCGGGGAAGGGACGCAGACGCAGCUGAUGAAAAGCCCCAUACGAGCAGGUCGUAUCAGCAAGGUGUUCAUCUCUCACCUUCACGGCGAUCACCUGUUUGGUCUACCGGGCCUCCUCUGCACCGUAAGCCUCAACUUGACCUCUGAUUCCCGGGCCGAUGAUAAGUGCGUGGAGGUGUUCGGGCCCCGCGGUCUGCGCCGCUUUCUGCGGGUUUCAUUGGGUCUAACAGGCUCGCAGCUGCUCUUCCCUUAUGCUGUUCAUGAACUGGAACCUACAUUAGAUCAAAGUCCAGAGGAGGGUCAGCUCAGUCUUGAGAUGACUGCAGCGAAUGAUCCUCCGCUCCCUCAGGAGCGUCCUGGCAGAAACAUUUCUUUGGAUACCUUGUCCGAUGCUUACUUCCUAUUUGAAGAUGACAAGUUUGUAGUGAAAGCCUUCCGCUUGUUCCACCGCGUUCCCUCUUUCGGAUUCUGCGUGCACGAACGUGACCGGCCAGGCAGGCUCAAGACGGAACUCCUCAAAGAAAUUGGUCUAAAUCCCGGUCCUGCAUACGGGCGUCUCAAAGCCGGUCACCAGGUCCAACUGGAAAACGGACAAGUGAUUUCACCUGCCGAGUUUUUGGAUGAGAACAUCCCCGGGAGGAAAGUGUGCAUCCUGGGGGAUUGCAGCUCAGCGCUGAGCAGCGGUCUCAACGUGUGCCAGGGGGCCGACCUUCUAGUCCACGAAGCCACGUUGGGGGAAGCGCACCGGGAUAAGGCGGCCGAGCGUGGGCACAGCACACCUAGGAUGGCGGCAGAGUUGGCGCGGGCCUGCGGGGCUCGUAGGCUGGCUUUGUAUCAUUUUAGCCAGAGGUACAAACCCGAACAUCUUCACCGAGACGGAGACGAUGACGACAAGGUUUCGGAGCUCCGACGUCAGGCUGAAGAAGUUCUCUGUGACGACAGUGUCGAGGUCAUUCUGGCGGAGGACUUUCUCACCAUCGACAUUCCUCUACGCGCAAGUAAAUCAUCAAGAUGACAAAGUGUUUUUAUAAUGAUCAAUACAUGAGGUUUCUCUCAAAACACAAAUAAGCCACCUAGAAGAUGAAGACGAAUGUCCCCAAGAAAACUGAUUGACCUUUGUACUGGGACCCUCCACUGGACCCAGACCUUGAAGUGGGACACGUUUUCGUGCUCCUACUCAGGCACAGCCUGAAGAGGGUGCUGUUGUCUCUAUUAAAUAAAGUUCAAAAUGAACUACGAUCUCCCGGCACCCUCUACUGGCUAGCUCGGAACCUACAGACAACAAGUCUGCAAGCAAUGUAAAUUGUCAACCCUGAGACAAAAAAAAAUCUGAAAUAGGGUUCUGUGGAUUGAUGUGUACACAUCCUGAGUUUAUACGUACCAAAUUCCAUUCUGAUCCACCUCCAAAAAUGGAUAAGUACCAAUUUUAAUUCCACAAUUAAUAAGCUCACCCAGUUUCGUUGUGAUCCGUCCACAAAUAACGGAAAAGCAAUUUUAAUUCCACAAUCAAUCUAAUCAGCCCUGAAGCUUGAUACGUAUGCAUUCAUGGAGGGGUAGCAAUUUCAAUGUCCUCCCAAGAAUAAGAAGAACCAGGACAGAAGUGAAGAAAUGAGUUUUAGAGACUUCUGGGCAGCCUAAAAAUAUUUAUUUUUUAAAUGUAACAAAAUUCAACGACAUGAUCAAUUGGAAUGAAAUCCAAAACUAAAAAUGUUUGAAAAUGUCAUCUCAACCUUUUCUUGAGCAGUUUUAUAUAAUCAUAGCUAACUAUAACCACAGCUGUACAUUUUAUGUCAUGUUAUAGUUAUUGAAAUAAAUUCUAUUAAGUUUUUGUCGCAGAAUGUUCACUUGAAAACCAAGAGACAGUAGGGACAUCACACGACCAACUUUCCAGGGUAUUCAAAUAGUCCCUUCCAACUUUUAAGUAACCAUAGUUGCAUCAUAUAAUGAGUUCAGUUCAUAGGUAAUUUAGAUUGUCUUCUCAAGUUCCCAUAUAUUGUAAGGAUAGAAUUUACCCUACCAUUGCUAAGUGAAUUACUGUAUUUUCAUUAUGUUCAGACUUACAUUUACCCCUUUUCACUUGCUGAAUGUGCCGGUCCAUUUUUUCCCCCUCAAUUGCACGUUUGAUUGGCUGAUGACUCUAAACCCCCCCACACACUCACACAAUCCCUGACAGAAAUACAUGUCUACAUGGCGCCUCCUCCACCCCCUUUGAAGAGGAAGGAUACUAGAAGUUUUUGGGGGGCCAGCAGCAGCAGCCACUGUCACUAAUGUAAAAAGACGUCAAUGUUGUGGAGGUCUGGAAAACACUAAUUUUGCUACUGAAAGUCCGACCUGCAUCAGAGUUAGCUAUGUGAACUUGCUAACCUGUAAAACUCGAGUACAACGCUGCUCCUGUAUGUUUUCAACCUAACGUGAAUUCAACUGUACAUUUAUUAAAAAGUAUUUUCUACAUUUAUUUAAAAAUAUUUUUAUUUGCAGCCUAUGCAGUCAUUUUUAUUUUAAAACUACCCCACCCUGCACCCCCCGGCCCCACCAAAAAAAUAAAAAAACACAAAAACACAAUCACUGUACAUUUUCUUUAUAUGAAGCAAAGGGGAAUUCCCCCAUUUUGAAAAAUAAUUAUUUUCAUGGGACAAAGUUAACUUUUUCCCCCCAUUUUUACAUGUAUUUGUGAGAAAUGUUGCCCCGACCCCCAUUCGGUCCCAGCAAAAAGUGUACAUCCAGAUUAUGCGGUCAUAGCGUUCCUACCAAUGUUGAGGAGACCAAACCUACGCCCUUGUUAUUUACACACACAAGAAAGCAAUCAUUUUUGCUGAAUGUUUUUCCAGAGCUUUUAUUUCUGGAUCUGUACACAAGGUAUUAAAGUACAACAGAAGAUACAAAAGAAUGUUUAACAAAAUGAGCGAGAAUAGAGAGAAAACAAACGGAAUGUCUAUAUACAAUUUAUAUAAACAAUAAAGAUAACUUCUGUUCUGGAACAUUUCUCAUAGCCUUUUUGAUUGUCUAGAAUUCUGAAUAUAAUUCUUUACUGUAGGGUUUUUUUAAAUUCACAAAGGUAUUUUUGUGUGUUUUUCCUGUAAAAUGGACUUAAAAAAAUACAAAAUAUAAAAUGAAAUUUGCUUAGUGCUGGCUUGCACGCACGCACGCACGCACACACACACACACACACACUCACAUAUCAAUAAAAUAUCACAUUUUUCACAGGGUGGUCAAAGAAAAAAAAAAAUCUACCACUUCUAAAAUGGCCUUUUACAUUCUGACAAGUGUUUAUACAAACCACAGAGUGAAAUAAUAAAUAGCACUGCACCGCUAACAACCACCUACUGCAUUUUUUUCUCUUCAAAAUAACAAAAGGGGUCACACCCCACCCCAAAGAGCAGCAGCCAUCCCUUUACCAUUGAGACAAAUAUUUUUUUAACGUUAAUGCUCAAGACCAGAAAAAUCAACGGCGCAUUGUUUUCAGUCUGAGAGGUUUCAGCAUGCGUAGGUAAAGGAAACAAAACAUAAAACCGUGGCAGUAAUGUUGAACUCCCAAAAAGCGAAAUUUAGUAUUUGAGGAAAAACUGGGCAACUUCAGCUCAGUGAGCAUCUAGUUCACUUUUUUUCUUGUGGUCCCACAUUUGUGAGAAAAGCCAAACAGGGAAAGAGGUGUUCAGAAAAGGCAUUUCCAGAAACGUAAUGCCAGGACGGUUUUGGAAACUUCCACUGUAUAUGAGGAAAAAGAAAAAGCCAAACAAUCCCAAGUCAACCAGUAGAAUGCAAAAACCUCAAAAUUCUGUACAUAUAUACAACAUAUGGCCAUUUAAAAACAAUAUUAAGCUUUGUAUGCAAAUAGAUUGACGAGGUCAGGUCAUGAAACUUUAAAGGCUACUUGCUAAUUCUUAUUUACAUCAAUGAAGCCAAGGAAAGAAUGGAUGAGUUGUCUUGCAAAAACAGACAAAUGUCACGUACAGCCCCUGAAAUGAACAUUUCGCAUCACACAAUGCAUAGAUACGUGAAGACCCCGCACUGCAACAUGAUGCACUCCAUUUUUUCCCCUGCUACAUACACUGCUGACAUUUAACACACACGCACACACAACAGUACGGGCGUCUAAGAUAAUACUGAUGUUCACACAACAAAAAUAAAAUCAAAGUUGAGAGAUGUAAUGUGUAAAAAAGCAACUAAAUUAAAGUGCCUGCAUGAUGCCAAAUGAUCAAACCGUAAAACCGCUGCUUGUUAAUCAUGAGAAAGGGCGGACUGGCAAAAGAUGAUGGCGGCCAAAAUUAGUCAAAAUGAAAUGUCCAAAUGUGAACAUGGUUUUUGAAAUGUGCUUUUUGCCGUUCUUGUUGUCCAGUCAAAAAUAACGACAAUGUUUAACUCAUUCACUCCAAGCCAUGUGCCGACUUUGAAUAUUGUGUUCUAUGGCGACAAAAACAAAACAAAAAGAUUAAAUUCACACCUUUCAUCAUGGGGGG